AUGACGCCCACGUGGAAAAGCAGCCUAUCCCCGAAUGUUCGAUAUAAGACCGGGUAGCAGGCCCUUGACCGAGAAGAGGACUUCACUUCGCAGGCCAAGAAUUCCUUGUCAAUCAAUCCUCGACCACCGCACAAGAUGUUGACUUUCGCUACCGCACUCGUUGCUGCCCUUGCAGUGUCAGCUGCCCCAACUGGAGAACAGAACCUCAAGCGCCAGGCACCAUUCAGCAGCACUCAGCAGCCAUGGAAUGCCGGUGCCGUCAACGAAUUCCGCAUCCACAACAGCUGCAAUGCGUCGCAGACAGCUCAGCUCCGCCAAGGUCUGAGUGAAGCCAUUGUCCUUGCGCAGCACGCCAAGGACCACAUCAACCGCUGGGGCAACGAGAGCACCAUCUACCGAAAGUACUUCGGCAGUGCUCCUACCGCAGAAGCCAUCGGCGCUCUUGACAUCGUCGUGAAUGGCAACAAGGCCAACUCGGUCUUCCGCUGCGAUGAUCCAGAUGGGAACUGUGCCAACAUGCCAACUUGGGGUGGCCACUGGCGCGGCAACAAUGCUACCCACGAGACUGUGAUCUGCCCAACUUCGUUCUUCGAGCGUCGUCCAUUGUCGACCGUUUGUGCUUGGGGCUACAACGUCCGCGAGUCUUCCCGUCUGCUCUUCUGGGCUUCUGACUUGCUCCACCGCAUGUACCACUUGCCAGAGAUUGGACAAGGUUACAUUGACCACUACGCCGAAGGCUACGAGGGCAUCAUCGAAGCCGCUGCCAGCAACAGCCCAAACACCACCCGUGACUCCGAUGGACUCCAGUACUUCGCUCUGGAAGCUUACGCAUACGACAUCAUCGCUCCCGGAGAGGGCUGCCCAGGUCCAAGCGGUCCACCAAACACGAGCUCUUCUUCUGCCGCUGCUCCAGCCGCGACAAGCUCUGCCGCCUCGAUGACCUCGUCAGCCGCUACUACUGCCACUUCAACGGCUGCUGCGGCUGCCAGCACUGGAUCCGCUGACUCAGCGGAUUCCGACACUGAUGUCCCAGCUAACUGCCACACCCACGCUGAUGGCUCGCUGCACUGCGUUUGAUUGAUUUGAGCCUGCAGACCUCUCCGGGUAAUGACGGAAUGAUCACGACUAAAGGAUUAAUGUACAUAGAUGCACGCUCAUAGAAACUCACGAACCAAGUUCACGAUUCUACCUUGCUUGCCUUUCGAUCAGGCAUGGUGCAUGCUCUC